AUGGCCGUGGAUCGGCUUCUUCUCCGGCCGUACUUAUUGUUUUCAAUAACCUUCAUUGGGUUGUCUUCUAUGACAAAUUCCAUGAACGAGUAUGAUGCUCUACUUAAAUUCAAAAGUUCAUUCACGAAUACCAACGCUCUUAAUUCCUGGAUUCCAGGCUCCUCACCUUGCACCGCCGGACCAGCACAAUGGAAUGGUGUGUUAUGUUACGACGGCAUUGUUACAGGUCUUCGCCUCGAAGGGUUUGGUUUAUCCGGGGCAAUAGAUGUCUCUGCUCUCGGAGCAAUCAAGGGUCUUCGUACCAUAAGCUUUUACAACAAUUCGUUUUCCGGUCCCAUUCCCGAUUUGAGUCAUUUGGGUCCUUUAAGAGCCAUUUACCUUUCCUCUAACCGAUUCUCCGGCGCGAUUCCGUCUGAGUAUUUUGCGAGAAUGGAGUCGCUUAAGAAAUUAUGGCUUUCAGAUAACAAAUUCACGGGCAGUUUACCCUCUUCCUUGUCUAAUCUCACCAAACUUAUCGAACUGCAUUUGGAGAACAACCGAUUUACCGGAACCAUUCCUAAUUUCGACAUACCUUCUUUACUGGAACUCAAUUUAUCUAACAACGAAUUAGAAGGAGAAAUCCCGGAAAGCCUAUCGAGAUUUGAUCCAAGUUCGUUUGCCGAGAACCCGAAUCUUUGUGGGAGAAUGCUAAGCAAUAAGGAGUGUAGUGAAAACAAAAUCGAUCUUGGGACGGUAAGGAAUGAGGAAGAUUACAAGAAGAUUGUCACCACCGCGGUAACUUUCGUGGCGGUGAUUGUUUCUCUCAUCGUUUUGAUAAUAGUACGAUCGAAGCGACAGCUGAAGGAGGAUUUUGACAAGCUUGGAGAAGAUAGCGCAGAGCAUAAUGCCCCUGUCGAGGUGCAUGUUACUUCACUAAACAAGAAGGAAAUGGAUUCGGCUCGAGAGAUGGAAUCGACCUCCUCUUCAAAUCGUAAAGGAGGAUCUGAUUCUAACCAUAGAGGUGGCCGGGGAGGCGCGGCUGUGCCUGCAGUGGCUGAGAUAGUGAUGGUGAAUGAGGAGAAAGGGGUGUUUGGGAUGCCGGAUUUGAUGAAAGCCACGGCGGAGGUACUUGGGAAUGGAGGGCUUGGAUCGUCGUACAAGGCUGUGAUGGCUAAUGGGAUGGCUGUGGUGGUGAAGAGAAUGAGGGACAUGAGUAUGAAAGGGAAGGAUCAAUUCGAUGCCGAGAUUAGGCGACUGGGGAAGCUUAAGCAUUGGAAUGUUUUGACUCCUUUGGCUUACCAUUACCGGAAAGAGGAGAAAUUGGUGGUGUCUGAGUAUGUUCCUCAUGGGAGUUUGCUUUAUCUUCUUCAUGGUGAUCAUGGAUCUUCUCACGUGGAGCUUAACUGGCAUACCCGUUUGAAAAUUGUGCUAGGAAUAGCCAAAGGGUUGGGCUAUCUUCAUACAGAACUGUCUUUAUUUGAUUUACCUCAUGGCAAUCUGAAAUCAAGCAAUGUACUUCUUGGACCUGAUUACGAGCCUUUAAUAGCUGACUAUGGAUUUAGUCCACUAAUCAAUCCAACAAGUGUUAGCCAAGCAAUGUUUGCGUACAAGACCCCAGAAGCUACAGAACACAACCAAGUAACCCCCAAAUCAGACGUUUACUGUCUAGGCAUCAUCAUCUUGGAAAUCCUAACAGGGAAAUUUCCUUCUCAGUAUCUCAACACAGGUAAAGGAGGGAUUGAUGUAGUUCAAUGUGUGGCGUCAGCUAUAUCUGAAGAGAGAGAAACAGAGUUGUUAGACCCAGAAAUCUCGAAUAUUACUUCGAGAAAUUUGCUAGGACAGAUGGUGAGGCUCCUCCAUGUUGGUGCAGCUUGCACCAUGAGAAGCCCUGAGCAGCGGCCAGACACAGCGGAGGUCAUUCGAAGAAUAGAGGAGAUACAAGUUGAGGGAGGUCAAGAAAGUAGUGGUGGUAGUAAUAGAGCAAUGCAAGUAUUGCCAUCGCUUCGAGAUGGUUAUGCAGAUUCCACUCCAACCCCAUUACUUGAUGAAAAUCAUGAAGUGAGUUUGAGAGAAGAUUUUGGUGAUGUUUCUGGGAGAAGGAGACUUAGAAAUGGUGACAGUUUUGCCUUCCCAAUUUCAUAA